AUGGAAUACUGCGCCUACAGAGCCCGGCACGCAAGGCCUGCUCAGGCUGACUGGUCGCUGGCACUAAGUGCUUUUGUCUUUUCUCCAGGUGAUGGUCGGUACGGCAGCGAUGACGACCCUGGAUCUGGCACGGUGGCAGAGACCGGCACCAUUGCCGGGGUGGUCAGCGCCCUGGCCAUGGCCCUCAUUGGUGCCGUCUCCAGCUACAUCUCCUACCAGCAGAAGAAGUUCUGCUUCAGCAUUCAGCAGGGUCUCAACGCAGACUACGUGAAGGGAGAGAACCUGGAAGCCGUGGUGUGUGAGGAACCCCAAGUGAAAUACUCCGCGUUGCACACGCAGUCUGCAGAGCCGCCACCACCCGAAGCAGCCAGGAUCUGAGGGCCCUGUCCAGCUGUAGGCGUGCACAGUGGUGCCACCGCUUGUCACCCGGCUCCCCCCUUCUCCCCACCCUUCAUUUGGACCCACAGCUGCUGUGCUGCUCUGUGUCGUCGGCUCCUUGUUGGUCUAAGUUUUCCGGACGAGCUCUGGGGGUUUGUGAGUUUGGUCUCUCUGCCCUGCCACAGGUGCUCUGAGACUUGGUGCCGAAAUUCAAGAGCCAGCUCUGAUAGAAAGCCAGCACCAGCCUCGGGAACUGCUGAGCCACCAACUCCCAAAGCCAGCCUGCCUCCAGCUUUACUGAGCACAGGAUGUGGGGGCCAAGAUGAUGCUGGGGCUGGAUGACAUGUAUGCUUAGGGGACAAGAGUUUGAACCCAUGGGACUGUGACCCCUGCACACUGGAGUGGCUCAUUGUGGCAGGUUUCUGCCCAUAGACCCUGA